GCGGCGGCGCUCACGCGCGGCCCGCACGCGGCGCGGACCGCCCAGCGUUACCUGGCGCUGCGCGGCCAUGGCGGCAUCCUCGUCAGGAGUCGGCGCGGGCCGCGCGCCGCCCGCGUCCGCCAGGGGGGACCCGUGGGCGCUCCUGCUCGAGCAGGCCAGCGACCUGAACGACGAGCUGUGCCGGGAGAAUUGUGAGCUCAAGAGUGAGGUGGCGAUACUGCGUCAGCGCCAGAUGCAGAGGGAGGCCGCGCGCUCCAGGGGAAAGCCGGGCGCGUCGAUGGCGGCGCGGGUGGCGAGCCUCACGCCGCGGGUGAUGUCCCACGUUCGCCGCAUGAUCCGCGAGGUGGAGGUGCCCCCGGAGGCGUGCGGCGAGGCACCGGCG